CCCUCUUAAACUAUUAGAAUAUACCACAUUUUUUAGUACAAACUUGGAUAUACUUGGACAUAAUUUCUUUGGGUUCUACUGAUUCGGUAUUCCCUAUUGAAAAUGGAGUUAUUGAAUUGGAGGAUUUUUGUUUUCGUUGUAGGUUUCUUCACACUUUCCGCGGCUUCUGAACCUGAUUGGUCAUGUGACUUUACAGCAGAUGACUGUGGAAUCAUUCAACUACAGGGAAAUUGGACAGUAGUUCUGUCAAAUGGAAAUGAGAUGAUAGACGUAGAUGUAUCUUCAAGCAUGCGUGAUGACGUAUUUGCUUUCUCCAUACCCUACAACUUCACCUCACAGGUUGGGAAUAUAUCGUUUGAUUAUUUAAUCGCCGGUGUUGAGACGGUAUUCCGGGUUAUGGCCUGCAGGGGUAGGAGUGAAGCGGUGAGAGAAAUUCAGAUAACUGGAUCAGAGCCCUUGAUGGGGUCGAUGCUGAUCCCUUAUUCAUGUGCAAGUGUUCAGGAUGUGCAGAUAAUCUUUAAUGCAACACAACGGGACGUCCCACCACUCAUCAGACUAGACAACAUUGAGAUUUAUGAAUUAAUAUAUACAGAAAUUCCGACAACACCACCACCACUAACAACAACAACAACAACAGUUAUCGUGACAAUGGAAUCCACGACUACAGGUACCAUCGAGACACCAGUUGAUGAAACGGUUACCGUACCUACAGGAGAAACAACAUCAGCAGAUGAUGAUUCCUGGCUUAUUCCUGUCGUAGCAACUAUUUCUGCCUUGUUGGUUAUAAUCGUCAUAGUCUUGAUAGUGGCUUUCGUCUAUCGCAAAAGGAAACCCAAGAAGUCCGAAAAGUCUCAACCGGAUAUCCAAUAUUACGCGGAUCUACGAGCUAAUCCGGAAACGGGAAAAUUUGAGGCUGGGGCGCCCUCUGCGUCUGCUGCAGAUGCGUUCAAGGUUCAGAACGGGAAGGUGAGCGCUGAUUUCGUCGGGAAUCCCGUGUAUCAGAGUGGCAACGUGACUCCACGAGAAGAUGAGGGAGCCAACGAGUCGCUCAUCGGGAGCCCGCUCUAUGAAAGUUCGAUCCAUGAAAAUAAUGACAGUAGAGAUACCCUACCAGCGGACCAAGUCCAAAACGAUGCUGUUCACUACCAGCAGAUAAGGGGCAAUGCGCUAUAUGCUGCUGUAAAUAAGUGAGAUUCGGGGGCGAAUGUACGAGCUUGAUUGGAAGCUGCAUCGGGGUUUGUGAGGGAUCCUCUGCCUAUUUCUGUCGCGCAAAAUUAUGAAGUGAUUUAACACUCAUCAACAGAGGGAGAGUUUUCCAGAACACACCUCAAGCGUGCUUCACUUCGGCCGUUAUAACCCAACAUAAAUCUUUUAGAUAUCUCAUGUUUGAAAAGCGUAAAGCCACUGUAUUAUUUUUAUAAUGCCUUUUGUGAUAGUUUAUGGGGUCAAAAUUUCACUUCUUGAUAUUAUACAAUUUUUUGUUAUUACGCUGGUCUUGUAUCCAUUUCUAUUUUGCUUAUUUUAACGUUGUUCAAUUUUGCGUUGAUUGUUCAAUUGAUCUACAAUUACUGUGCAAUCAUACAAAGACAUGUUUAGUUUUUUGUCCUUGGAACUUUGAAUCAUUUAUCUAUGUUUGUGAACCGCAUAAAUAGUAAACAAAUAAUUUGAGAAAGUGACCCGACAAGUUUACAGCUGGAUCGAAAUUCCUCGUUUCUUCUCCUCCCCCUUUUCUUUUUUUUCUUGAUAGCAUAAAAUGCGUAAUGAUGAUCCCUUUUAUUAAAAACUGGUCGAAACCUCUUUGAUAUUCCUGACCCUGGAUGAUUCAGUCGCCAGGUGGUAUCUUUUUCCCCGUCUCUGAACUUCUAUGAACCAGGAAACGAGCAAUUAUAUGGAUGGAUAUCUAGAAAAAAAAAUGAGAAAACAGACAGCUUAAAAAGGGGAAUAGUGUACAAAUAUUGCAAAAUACCGCAUGCAUGAUAUGUUGUGAAAUUCUUAGAAUAUUAUUUCCGUCUUUUACCGAAACGAUGUACCAGUGAGUCUUACUUCCUCCAUUGACUUGCCACAAAAUGCAGCAGAAUUAGAAUAGUUAAUAUAUUUACACUUAAGUUAGUUUCCAUAUGUGACCAAUCACUCCUAAAUCGACAAUAAGUUGUCGAGAACGAUUUUUUAGAAUUUUAUCGAGCAUAAUGGAAAGGGCAAGUCAUAAGCUUUAAAAUGAUAAGUCACAUGUCUUUUUUUAUGGUAUAAACCUUUUUUCUAUAAACUAUUUUGUACAUAUUUACAUUCUUCGUGACAAACUGAUUUUUGUAUGGAUUUGUAUUUACUAACAAUUUGGAAGUUUGUGAAAUGAAAGAAAAUGUUUAUAUGAAUUGAAUAUAUAAUUUGUCCAAAUUAAUCAAUAAUAACCCUCACAAUGUUUGGAUGAAGACAAAAUUCUAUGAGAGCUUCAAAAUAAGAGGAGAACACAGCGUUUAAGAUUCUGGGUUCACUUAACACACU